ACUGCUAGUGCUCUGCCCUUCCACUCCGGGAUCGGCCUUGUCCCUCGACUAUCUAUCCACGAUGCUCGCCGAUGUCUCCGCCACAUUAAGAUCACUAAAAGCGCACUCGUCAUACACAACGGCCAGCAUCUCGGCAAGAGACUACGAUGUGGUUAUCCUGCGAAGCCAUCUUCCUAGCACUUUCGCCUUAUGUUCUGUCGUCGCUGUCCAGCAUCCGCUCUCUGACUGUCCUUUGCAUGUUACAUGUAGCCUCUAAGUGUCUUGAUAAUGUGAGCUUUUAGCAAUAGAUGCGUUUUCAGUCGUGGCAAACUC